AUGGAUUCAUUAAUAUCAACUAAUUCAACCACUUCAAUUGUUGGAUCGAUUAAUUCACCAAUUCCACCACCUACCACCAUUACAACCGCUACUACCAUAACUUCUUCUAAACCUUUUAUUAGUGUUGAAAUUGAAGAUUCUACAUUCUCAUUUUUAGCACAUUAUUGUAGCCAAGAAUAUCAAAGGAUCUAUGGUAACAGUGAUGGCAACCUUAGAACUGAAAAUACAGAAUUUUCAAUUCUAUUGGAUUACUGCAAUCAAGAAUAUCAUAGAACAACCAUCACCAUCACCAACAUGAUUUGUCCAGAUUACUAUUAUUCUACCACACUAAAUCAAUAUGUUGAUGUGAACAAGUUAUCGAGACUAGUAAAAUAUGGCAAUGAAGAAUAUCUAAGAGAGUUUUCUAACUGA